AUGGCACGUCUUCGCCGCCUUGGACAGGAGGCAGCAAUUCUUUUUGCCGGCCUGCUGCUGAGUGCGCCUCUCAUUCAAAGCCAAGAUGACCAAUCCGGUUUCGAAGUCUUGGAUUUCAUAGAUCCCUUCAUUGGCACGGCAAAUGGAGGCCACUCGUUCGCUGGAGCGACCUUGCCCUUUGGCAUGGUCAAGGCUGUCGCCGAUACAGAAGGCGAGAACCAAGGGGGCUUCGCAUAUGACACUACCAAAGUGACUGGAUUCUCGCACACCCAUGACUCUGGGACCGGCGGCUGUAACUGGACCUCAUCCGAUAGGGCGGUUGCCUGGCGACGGGAUUCGCCCAAAGCCCGCCCGGGAUAUUUCAGCAUCUCAUUGGAGAAUGGGGUAGAUGCAGAGAUGACUGUGACCAAUCAUUCUGCUCUUUAUCGAUUCAGCUUCCCGGGUGCUGUAAACCCGAGCCCAGUCGUCCUGGUCGACAUUAUCGAUCUUCCACAGUCGCGAAACAGCGGGACCGCUUCUGUGAACCCCGAGACUGGCCGGCUAACGGGGAGUGGAAACUUCAAUCCCAGUUUCGGACUGGGUACCUACAACGCGUACUUCUGUGCUGAUUUUAGGGGUGGCGAGCUCCGCGACACAGGCACCUGGACCAACAGGACUGCAGCUGUCGGAGAGACCACUGUUUCUGUCGUCGCCGACUCAUCCCACCCUGCUGGCCAUUUCUCCGCAGGAGCAUUUGCUCAUUUCAACUCGGUCAAUAGUGGAGUGCUUACGGUACGCGUUGGCUUUAGUUGGCUGAGCGUCGAGCAGGCUUGUUCAAAUGCGGAGCGCGAGCAACCGGACUUUGACUUUGAUGGGACUGCCGAUGCCGCGGAAUUUGCGUGGAGGAACAAGAUAGAGCCCAUUGCGGUUAAUGCUGAUGGUGUGUCAUCUGAUCUUCAGACGGUUUUCUGGAGUGGCGUCUACCGCACCAUGAUCAGCCCGCAGGACUAUACCGGCGAAAACCCACUAUGGGAUAGUGACGAGCCAUACUACGAUAGCUUCUACUGGUGA